AUGUUUCCUUCGAGGUUAGCAAGACAGGCACUACGGUGCAAUAGGUCAUCAAGAUGCUUCAGUACCACCCCAAUUGUUGCGCAGGAAGUCAAGAGUCUCGGUGUUAUAGGUGCGGGACAAAUGGGUCUAGGAAUAGCUCUUGUAGCAGCCCAAAAAGCCGGAGUACCAGUUACUCUGGUAGAUACAUCCCAAGAAUCAAUAGACAAAGGCCUUAAAUUCGCAGACAAACUCCUAGCCAAAGACGUAACCAAACAACGCAUAACCCAAGACGAAUCCGAUAAGAUACGUUCCCUCCUAACUCCCACAACAACAAUGGACGACCUCUCAUCCGUCGACUUCGUAAUCGAAGCCGUCCCCGAAAUCCCGUCCUUGAAAUUCCAAAUCUUCUCCUCCCUCGCUCAAAUCUGCCAAUCGCAUACCAUCCUAGCAACCAAUACAUCUUCAAUCUCAAUAACGCGAAUCGCGGCAUCCACUACAAAAGACCCAACCGACACAUCCGCCUCCUCUCGCGUCGUAUCCACACACUUCAUGAACCCCGUGCCCAUCCAGAAAGGCGUCGAGAUUAUCACGGGAUUGCAAACAAGCCAGGCUACAGUUGACACCGCGGUCGCAUUCUGCAAAGCCAUGGGAAAGAUACCCUCGCAAUCCGCUGAUUCUCCGGGAUUCUUAGCAAAUCGCAUCCUCAUGCCGUACAUCAACGAGGCGAUAAUAUGUCUCGAAACUGGGGUCGGGGGUCGCGAUGAUAUCGACGCAAUUAUGAAGAAUGGCACGAAUGUACCUAUGGGCCCGCUACAAUUGGCGGAUUUCAUCGGUAUAGAUACGUGUUUGGCGAUUAUGAAGGUGUUGUACGAGGAGACGGGAGAUAGCAAGUAUAGACCUAGUGUCCUAUUACGGAAGAUGGUGGAUGCGGGCUGGCUGGGGAAGAAAAGUGGGAAGGGGUUUUAUGAUUAUUAG